UGUGCACUGAAGCGGCCUUCGCGGAACCUUUUCGUCUUGCUGCGGUGUCUCCCCAUUGACCAAGCAAGGACAUUUGCUUCACUUCAAUCGAACCUCCUCAGAAGACACCGCCAUCGAAAAUGUUCUCCCGCACCGCCCUCGCCAGGGUCUUCGCCCUACCCAUGAAGGAGCAGCCAUGCGCCGCCGCCGCCAUCGCCGGCCGCUUCCCCGUCGCCCGGGCCUGUCUUCACAGCAGCGCCGCCGCCCCAGCCCCAGCGACAACGACAACAACAUCCUCCUCCUCCUCCUCCUCCUCAACAACAACAACAACACACCCAGACUCCCCACUCGCCGCGACCCCCCGAGCGCAAACCUCCACGCCCACCCCGCAAGAAACCCCCCUGUCUUCAACAACUCCCUCGGCCAUCGACCUCAAAAAGCCCGUGGCCCCGACCUUCACCGCACCGCUGCAACUCACGCCGACGCUGCUCGCCCAGCUCCCGCAACUCACCACCCAGCAGCCGCACUACAUCAUCGCGCACCUGCACGACCGGCCCUACCUGCUGACGCAGGGCGACGCGAUCCGCCUGCCCUUCCUGAUGCCCAAGGUGAAGCCGGGGGACAUCCUGCGGUUCAACCGGGCGUCCGUGCUGGGGUCGCGGGAUUUCUCGCUGAAAGGGGCCCCGUACGUCGAUGAGCGGCUGUACGAGUGCCGCGUGCGCGUCGUGGGCGUCGACUCCGAGCCCCUCCGCGUCAAGGAGAAGACGAAGCGCCGCCGCCGCCACGUCCAGAUGAUCCGGAGCAAGCACAAGUAUACCCUCCUGCGGGUCAUGGAUGUCAAGAUCAAGACGGCGGAGGAGUUGUUGCGGGAGGGGGCGGUCGUCGCUUAAGAGGUUUUUUGCUCUUUUCGAGAUCGUUGGAUGGGGGUGCUGCUGGAAAAAUGGUACUUGUGGAUUCGGGGCUUUUUUUUUUUUUGUUGAUGGUGGAUGUUCACACAAUGUUCACAAGGGGCAGUUGUUGGAUGGGCACAGAGAGGAAGAGAGACAGGUGAAGACUGGGUAAGGACGGAUGGUUAUGAUGGUUGGAACCUGCAAUUGCGAAGGAAUCAUGUACAGAUAGAAGAUGUGUCUGUUUCCAUGCACCAUGUGGUGCACUUGUAUUGUAUCUCAUAAUUGGGUUUUCGAAUGUUCAAUUUGCUUUGUUUCUUUAUGUCUUGACGGAGUGGAUUUGAGACUCAAUCAGCAGGCAAUGCGGAUAGUCUCUGGUGUCGACAAUAACCAG